UUGUCAACAUGGCAUGGCCUAAUGACUAUCGAUAAUUUAUGAAUAUUUUAUUAAUUUUUGGCUUGUGUAUGUUAUAAAUUCACUUUAAACACAUUCCUUUGAAUAAAAUCGGCACACCAUCUGUUUCUAAAUAUAAGUGCUAAAUCAUAUAAGAAAUAGGAGUGUAUUGUUUAGGUACUCUAUUUACAAGUGUGGCCUGUUAUCGCAUCCAAGCUUUCUGUUUAGAGUGGCUUAUUAUUAUUUACGUUUGUUAUUUAUCAAAACAUAAGCCACGGCGUCGCAAAAAUCAGACGAAUCUAGCCGUCGAGACGCAGACAACCGGUAUAAGAUGCCAGCAGCCAGUUUUGGGUUAUUGUCAGCACUACCAGGAACCAGUGAUUGUGGUAUCAAAGAUGUGUGGAAUCACAACCUUCAUGAAGAAUUCCAAAUUAUCAGACAGAUAGUACAAAAAUACCACUGGGUAGCAAUGGAUACAGAAUUUCCUGGUGUUGUGGCUCGGCCCAUUGGCGAGUUCAGGUCCACAGCGGACUAUCAGUAUCAAUUACUCAGAUGUAAUGUGGAUUUGUUGAGAAUAAUACAGCUGGGUCUCACAUUCAUGGAUGAAAAUGGGAAGACUCCUCCUGGAUACACCACAUGGCAGUUCAACUUCAAAUUCAAUUUACAAGAAGACAUGUAUGCACAAGACUCCAUUGAUUUGCUGCAAAACUCUGGACUUCAAUUUAGAAAGCAUGAAGAAGAUGGUAUUGAACCAUUGGAAUUUGCAGAACUGCUUAUGUCUUCAGGUUUAGUGUUAAUGGACAACAUAAAAUGGCUCAGUUUUCACUCAGGGUACGACUUCGGAUAUCUACUCAAAUUACUGACAGAUCAGAAUUUACCUCAAGAUGAAAAUGACUUUUUUGAAAGUCUGAGACUAUAUUUUCCAACAGUGUAUGAUGUGAAAUAUUUAAUGAAACUUUGCAAGAACCUAAAAGGUGGUCUUCAAGAAGUGGCCGAUCAGCUAGAGUUGAGGAGGGUGGGGCCGCAACACCAAGCAGGAUCUGACUCGCAUCUCACUGGGAUGGCUUUCUUCAAGAUCAAAGAGAUAUUCUUUGACGACAACAUCGAGAGUUCGAGUGGCCACCUGUACGGGCUGGGCGCGCCCUUCUCCGUCAACUCCAACAACUUCCAGGACAACGGCGAGAACGGCAACUCGUCCUGAUCGGCGGAGUCGGUUUGCGUGUCGAGCCUCACACCGCAACCGAGAGUAUUCCAUCACAAGGAGCUGGCUUGAACAUCCUCCUACCUUCACAUUGCAAUAGGGAUGAUGACUUCUUAUCAAACGUUAAAACGCUCGCGUAUGGCAGCUUGUAUAAGAUACAUAGAUGUGACGUCAUAAACAUUUGAGAUAAGUUAAAUCAAUAAUUUAAAAAGGUUAGCAAACUGAAAUCUAACAGCAGACGCAAGUUUUACGUAUUUUGGAAGACCCUCUAUUUGAUAAUUCCUAAGAAAUUAUUUAUUUUUGAUAUAGGCAUCAUCCCAAUUCCCUGUCAAACUGAUCUACUCAGACAUAGCACGAUGGCAGAUCGGAUGUUGGUUAGUCAAUCACAACUGACUUAAGCCAAGAAUUCAGACCUCGAAGUUGAAAUACACAAAGGAACUGUAUGAAGACAGACUUGCAAGUGCUGCUCCUAUGCGCGCUUCGCAAGCACGCCUAGGUGCUGCACUGCAGCCCUCACGCUCAGCGUGACUUCAUACAAUUAAUAUUAUGUACUUAUACCUCAUGGACGAAUAUAAAAAGGUCGGACGGGUUGUCGCUGGACACCACCACGAAGCACUCAAUUAAGCCAGCUCGUCAUGUCGGUACAAGGGAUCACGCACACAUUCACACUAAUUAUAAGCCUAUCAGCCACCAUUAUUUUUGUUUGUUCCACUCACACAUACUUGCACCGCCGCCAUUGCAGUGCUUCAAUCCUUCCUUAGCAACAAGUAGUCUCCCCUUUUUUUAUAAGUCCAUGUUUACCUAGUAAUUCCCGGAAUCGGCUCACGCUUUUAGUGUGACGCUGCUGCCGUCGCGCGUUGUCUAUUAAGAUCUUUAUAUUAAGGAUCUGCGCAGACAAAGGAAUUGUCCGCGAAGGACUAAAGUUUCCACUGUUUUACCACGAUCUUUCGCCUUACUAUUAGUCCAUCGUGUGCGUUAUACGAUGUAGAUCAGCGGGGCGAUUCAGAACACUCGAUUCGGUAAGUUAUCGUAUGAUAAGAUGUAUUUUGAAUAUACAAUUCGUCUUAUCGUACAAUAAUUUACCGAAUCGAAGUGUUCUGAAUCGCUCUGCUGAGUGGCCUAAUUUUGUCCACGAACAAUAUAUCCCUCGGCUGCGCUGGCUGUAAGUUGAAAAAUAUUUGUUCACAUUAAAAAUUGAGACAAAAACUGUUACUUGGUAUGCAUUUAAACAAUAUGUACUUGGUAACGUAUAUAAUAUAUGGUGUAUUUUAAAUAUUAAAAACUAAGUAGAAUGUUAGUUGGAAUUAGCUAUAAAAGUGUUAAGCGGAAGCUACACAAUUUUUACCAUAUUAAUGUAAUCAAGUUAUGCUUGAAAAUCGCUUUUUGAAUCGACAAGUAAUACAAAAUCAAGUAAUACAAAUGUGUAAUAAUAAUCUAUAUUAUUCAAGAUAUUACAAAAAUAUGGACGUUUUAAAAUUUGACUAAGACAUUGUGAUUUGUGACACUUUGGUUAUUAUAGGCUCACUAAAUAUAAAGCUUCUGUAGGUGUAUGCAUAUUAUUAAAUUUAUAUUUCCUUAGAUUACAUACCUGUCUAGCGAAACACAACAUACACAAUUCUGCCGUUUUCCUGCUCAAAAGCACGUAAAACGCGAGAUGUCGUCGGACACAUCAAAAAUUAAGCUUCUUUUGCAUUGUAUGUAAAUAUAUAUUUUUGGGUUCACUGAUAUGAGUGUAAAAACGCAAUGCCCAGCCAAUAAACUGCGUUGUAUUGCCGCGUUCAUUCUUUUCACUUUUUGAGAAUAAGGUUCCCAUUCCAAAGGUCAUAUGCGAAGUUUUACUGUUUACUGUAAAAACUUGAAUUUUUUUUUAGUGUUAAGAAAUGAGUCAGUUUACAGUUUGUCUGUGUAUCGUUUAUUUUAACGUAGUAGCCAAUUCUGUUGUACACAAUCUCUAAUUGAUUUGGUGUCAAUUAUUUAUUGACACCAAAUCGAAUGCUAUCCUUUUCUUUCGUGAGCAUUAUGAAAGGAAUAAGUAAUAUAUUUUAACCUGUUAUUUUACUUUAGAGAUUGUGUACAACGAAAUAAACCACAUUGUAGACAGAUAUUAAUCUACGUAUUUUCUAUUUUAAAUAACUGUUACGUGUAUUUAGACUAGUGUUACUUGUAAUACUUGGGAUAGGUUGUAUUUUGACUCUGCAGUGGAAAUUUUGAUGCAUAAUAUGGUCAUUGUUUUAUACAAUUCUUUAAAAAUCCGGUCAAGUGCGAGUCGGGCCUCGCUCUUUUAGGGUUCCGUACAAAAUUAUGAACAUCAUACUUUGGGUGUGUGAAAUAUUUCUUUUCCGUCGAAAAAAAUAUAUUUUUUUUGGCUCCUUUUUCGUGCACUGGAACCAUAAAAAUGAUCAAUGACAUAAUGAUAAUUUUUAAUUCUUAUUCAUUAAGAUAUCAAUUUAUUUUAAUUUUUAUUGUAUUUGUGAUAUUUUGAAUUUUAUUAUAAUUUGUAAAAUUGGACAGAAAUGUAAUUACUACAUUGAUUUAAUUGAAUUAAGAUGAACAUUAUUUUAUGUCUUUAAUAGAUACAUUGAAAC